UGGCCAAAUCAACAAGCGGCAGAACGUUUGCGUUUUUGCAAAUAUUAGCAAAAAUCAUUUUACUUUAAAUUUUUAUGUCUUUUAUUUAGCUUCUUUCUUUCGAAACGUUUUUAUUAUAUUUUAGAAUUUUUUCAUACCUCUUUAGUGAUUGGAAAUGUAUAGAUUUGCAGUUAAAAUUAGUGACAGAUGUUAAAGUGUUAGUACGCGCCAGUUUACCAAGAUCAUUGUAACAAAUUAACGACAAUGGACGAAUCUCUUGUUAGUUCCAGUGCAAUGGCCUCUACCGAUGAUGCAAAAGACAACCAAGUCCAACAGGUGUCAACAACAGCAAAUACAUCAGAAAAUCUCUUUCCGGAGAGCCCAGUGUACGAGCCAGAGGAUGAGAUUUACCUUUUCAAGGAUGACUCAAUAAAAAACACCAGUGUUGCAGAAGCAGAAUCAAAAGGUAACUCCAUAACUCCUGCCAAGCGUAAACUGUCAGAAGAAAGUUCUGAUAGUAAUGCAAAGAUCCAAAAAAUUGACUUAACCGAUAAUGAAGCUGCUAUGGGGCCAGCCACUUGGGCUGAUUCUCAAUCAUUGGAUGAUGAAGUCUCCAGUAUAACCAGUGUAGCUAAAAGAAAAUUAGAAGAUGAAUUACCAUCAACAUCUCGUGUUCGCACUCCAGUUCGAUCUAGCCCCAGAAAAAUAACAAAACGUAGUAACAGUGCUGAUGUAGCUACCCCGAAAACACCAAAAACACCGAAAUCGCGUUCUGUCAGUGUUGACAUAAGCAAAAACCGUAAAACACCAAGAAAAGGCCAGCUUGACUUUAUCAAGAAGGAUGAAGAGAAACAAACCAAAAGUACUGACAGCCCGAGCCGCCCAAGUGUUGAAUUUGUAAGGGAAAUACUCCCAGCGAAAAUUCCAGAAACUAUAGCCGAAGAGAGUAUAUCGGAACCUCUUAAUGACUCCCAGAACAUUUGCCUAGCACUUUCACCAACACCUGAAGAUGAAGAGGAAAGUUCAAAACUGAAAACUACCAACUAUAAUAGUGAACCCAACGUGGUUAAGGAUAGAGAUGAAGUUAUUGGUCCUAGUGAGAUUAAAAAAGCGAUAAGUGACGGCUAUGUUUUCUCAGAUGCAAACAGUAUAAAUUCCAUAGGAAAAGAGCUAAAUAAAGGUAAAACUACUGACCAAGAAAGCACUGACAGCAUAAAUUCUGUGGGCUUAGAUAGUCCUGAACAUGUGCCAACUGUUACAUCGAAAUUGAUAUCAAAAUUAUCUAACGGCAAUUCAUCUACGCCAACUGAACUGGCCAGUGUUAAAAAUGGUACAUCAGAUAACAUCACACCUGAUAUCGCAAAGUUGAAUGGCAAUAAAGGAAAGCGAGGGAAGAACGAAUCAUUCCGAGCUAGCAACACUACAACCCCAUCGACUAUAUCACCUUUACAAAAUGGGCACUCGAUUCCAAUCAAUACACCACAAAUCCCAGUUUUCGAUAUCCACGUCGCACACAACGACGAUUGUGAGUUUCUCUCACUGUAUGUCGUACGAACAGAUAAUGACGUAGGAAUGGACAUGUGCAAGGAAUAUCAGCGAAUAUCCAAACGUUUCACUAUCGAUCCCUAUUUAGCUGAUGUGUCUGUUAGUACUUCACCGUCGAGUGUUACAAGCGGAGGAAUGUUGAAUCUUCAAAAUAGAACAUCAUUUGCAUCAACAGUCAGUUCUACUUCUACAUCCAGUAACCGCACGAGUGAUGGAGCGUUUGUCGUACCUCAACCACCUCGAAAAUCAGUAUCCAACCCAUCAACAUCGGUCAAGGGUUAUGAUGGACUGAUGAAGAAACUCCAAGAGAUAUUUUCGCACAUCAGAGAGGCUUCCAUUGAAGAUAGUAAUCGAUCGAUGAAUGAUGAAAAAGUGUCAGUUGGAAUACAAACAUCCGACUUACUCAGUAACGGCAGUGCUAGUCCUGAAGAAGUUGGUAAAUGCGAUAAAGCAACACCAAAGAGUUCCUUAAAGAAAACAAGGGUGCGCGGAAGACGGCCAAUUGCAGGAAAGACGAAACGUGCACUUUUGCCGACACAGCACGAAGAAGCGGAAUACGCACAAGUAAACUCACCCGAGCCGACUACUACAAAUGGAGACAGUGGCAAAAUGUCCCCAAAAGAUAUCAAAGACGAGAAACCCCUUUCAGCUUUAAUUGGAACGCCAAAAUCAGUAUCCAAAUUAAAACAAAAACGGCGACCUACUUCACCCCGCCCAGCAACGCCUGUCGAAAAGGUGGUCAUUAAACCAGAAUACCCAGGCUUUGCUCCGGACACUGUCGUGUUGGCCAAAUGGGUUGAUAAACGCUACUAUUCAGGGAAGGUGCUAGAAAUUACGGAGCCAAACAAAUAUCUCAUCAAAUUCGACGAUGGUCAGAGCAAAGUGCUCUUGGAUGACUUCAUAAUAUUUGGCGAUAUGAAAAAGUUACCUUUACAAGGUCAAUCUGUGUACGCCUUAGUUGAUGAGGAGCAGAAUUACGAACCUGGCUUGGUGCUUGAUGUGGAAGAAAAUAGCAAUGGGACUGUCACCUACAAAUGCACAACUGAUGGGGAUACAAUAGUCAUAGUAACGGCCAGCGAGUUAUACCUCACGGAGGACCAAGCGAGGUCCCUCAAGGAGUCCGGCAGACCUCGAUCGCCGGCCGCGCCGGCCACACCGCGCCGACGGCACAAUAGGGAACUGGAUUUGGAUAAUAUAAUACAGGGCCCACGUAGCGCUCGCAGCCGGGAUAAGGGAAAUUCCAGCGCUAGGAAACGUGUCGUAUCACCAAAGAGCCCCAAAGCUUCGACAUCAGGAGUGAAAACAAAAAGCACCCCAGUGGCGGGUCGCAAGCGGCUCGCGAGCGAGUCAAGUGAGAUGAGCGAAAGCAGCAAUUCAGCACCACCGGUCAGGUUGGAGGAAGUGACGGGCGUUGAGCCGGAAGUGCAGAAGACACCCCGUAAGAUCGAUGGGGUUAAAGCUGGUCCUCUCCAAUUGAAAGGUGCUGCGAAACAGAACAUUGGCAAAAAGAACUCGAAACUAACAAAAUUCGAGAACGAUGAAGAUACCGUAUCCACUUUAGGGCCAAUCCCUCCAGCAGGAAGCACUCUAUUUGCUGGACUGCAUUUCCUACUCACUUGCACUGACCAACCUCGGCCAGUAGAUAAGAGAGAGAAGGAGUCGGAGAAGAGUCAAGAAACGCGACACUAUUCUUCAGAAGAAGACGGUGAAACCACAUCAUCUAUGGUAGGAACUGAUACUGAGGAAUUGGAGUUCUGUGAUCGUCCAUUCAAUAAGGAACGGCUGAAGGAGCAGCUGGAAGCUGGUGGAGGCAUUGUAUACAGCGACUUCGACGACGUGCCGAAGAGCAAGUACGCGUCGUGCAUGCUGAUCGCGCCGCGGCCGUGCCUCACCAUCAAGUACAUCCUGUGCCUCGCGGCGGACGUGCGCGCCGUCUCGCACGCGUGGGUCGUGCGCAGCUGCGCCGCCGCGCGCCGCCUCGACCCCGACGCGUUCCUGCUGCCCGCCGGCUUCUCGCUGCACCGCCGCGCCUACGUCACCUGGGUUCCUCCAUCAGGUAAGCGGAACACGACAUUCUUUGAAGACAAAGUCAUCCUCAUAUGCGGUGAACAAGACACUUUCGUCAAGUUUUGGGGCCGUGUCUGCUCCUUGGCUGGAGCGACAACCAGAGUGGUCAAUGAAGAAGACCUCAACAUGUCUGGGGCCUUCGCCCUCAUAGCUGACUUUGACUGUCCACAUGAGGUCCAGAAUAAAGCGAACCAAGACAACAUUCCUCUAGUUUCACCGACAUGGGUCAAGCAGUGCCUCAUCGAAGGCAAAGCCCUCCUGCCAACCAGCCACGACCGGUUCUCAUUCAUGUACACGGAGAACGAAUGAUCCUGGGACUUCAAAAAAGUGCUCAUUAUACGUGAAUAUUGACACAUGGUGAGUGCUGUGCGAGGACACACUUUAGUGAUAGUGUUAGUGUAAGUACAGUGACGGUGUUGGUGUAAGUGUAAGUGACACUAAUGAAACUAUCUUGGAUGAUCUCUUAAAUAAGGACUUGGAACACAUUCCAUUGAUAAAUAUAGAAGUGCGUUGGAGCUUCAGUCUUAUAGGUGUCAAAAGUUCUCUAAUGCAAGUAUAUAGUACAAAUGUACUAGGAAAAUUCUAACCUUACUAUGGGUGACUAGAAUAAACUAUAUAGGACUAAGGUUUCUACACACUUACAAACAAAAUGUGUUGUUGAAUGUGUGUUGAUAAAUUCUUACACAAUCCAAAUGUAUCAAUGUCUAUAAUAUAAAUUUAAUAUUAGUGUAAUGUGUACAAAACUAUACUAAUUGAUGAUAAACAUUAGCUCAUGUAAUGAUUAAGCUCUGUUACAUAUAUUAAUUAUAAUAUAGGUGUACAGAGAAUUAUAAUGUAUUGCACAACUCUACUCUUAUAAAUACUAAGGUUUAACAGUAAGGAUCGUGGAGGGCCGAAGAAGAACAGGUCCUGUGAUAGAAGCGUGCCAAAUUGCAUUAAUCUGUCACGAAUCAAUCAUACAUCUUAAUCGUCAAGUUGCAUGACAUGCCAGUUUUACAUGAUGAGGUAAUUGCAGAUUGUAGAACUUGCAACAUCAUUAUUUGUUGAAAAGUCAACGCUUUUUCAUAAUUAAUUUACAAGCUAGUGUAUGAUAAUUAUAAGAUGCAUUUCUGUUUAUGUUUGGGUUGUUUUUUUCAAAAUUUUGAUGAUUUUUCAACAAAUAGUGGUGUUGCUAGCAUUAGUAAGACCAAUUUAGGUCUUUUAAAGUAUGUCUGAGACAUUUUUUCAAGAAAAAAGUCUGGUAUAUAUACGUCAUACAGAUUGACUAUUAAGUUGUAUGGUUGUCAAGUUUCGCUACCAGAGAGUGGGGAAAAUACAUCGUUUAAACCCAUUUUUGGGUUUAUUUCAUCCAUACUUGUUCAUAAAUCAUAUACUAUUCAUCAUAAAAAACAUGUAGAUUUUUUUUAUCUUUGUUCUAAUUUGUGAAUCUUAAAUCUUAAUUGAUAACUUCUUAUUAUUCAUAACUUAAUUAUUGACAUACAAACAUAUUGGUUACACUUGUGUAAUAAUAAUCAUUCUAGUUUACAC